GGAACCACUGGCAGUCAGUGCUGGUCAGCAUUAUUUUAGACUGGGCAUCAUCUUUCCAUUAAGAAAACAUCAGAACUAGAUAAGCAAAUUCCCAUUAGGAGCUUUUGAUCAUGAUUCGAAUACCUAACAAACGCUGAUACUUCACUGAUCCAUGACUUUUGAUUCAUUUAUGUAGGACCCAACAGUACAGUACAGUAUGACCGGUGAUAUUUUCGCGGUUGCAGACCGCAUCGCAAUCGUAUCAGGCCCUAGUUCUUGUGUUGGACUAUAUGUGGCAAAAGAUUUCGUUAAAGCCACACCAAACGUGUCAGUCCUCGCCGGGUGCCAUUGUCCUGAUGGCUUCGGACGGAACGUGGGCUCAACAAUUUGUUAUCAAUGCUGUUUCAAUCCAGUCCUCUCACGUGCCGCUAAUAACAGUAAUGGACGAAGAGAGGGAAGCGACACAUCCAUCUCCGCCCCCUAUUCAACUCCAUAUGUAUUGUGCCACGAAGACAGCCGCAGAGAACGCGCGGAAUCUCGCAACCGGGCUCACCGGCCUCAGUGCGUGCGUGAACGACCCAUUGCCCCUUCCAACAUACCAAGCAAGGUGAACGACCCUGACAAGGCUGACGGUUUCAUUGCGCGGUCAAAAGGUCUCAUUCCUGCUGAGAGGCAUGGGAAUGAGGAAGAUGCAGUAGCAGCCGUUACUUAUUUCUCGUCGAGAGCUGGGAGUUAUGUUUCAGGGAACACACUCAGGCUUAAUGGAGGUUUACUGGUUGAUGGAUGAUCCGCAGUGUCAGUGUACAGUAUACCGUUAUCGUGCUUCAGAAAAUCAUUCGCCAACGAUCUCCUUGUAUC